CUCCGCUCCGCCUGUUGCGGAGCAACUGGCUGCUCCCACCCUCUCUCCCGCCUCUACUCUGCGGGGAGAACUCAGUCCAGCGUGUGCCGCAAGGCCAAGGCCAGCGUUGAGCAAGGCUGUGGGGAGAGGGGACGACCUCCCUCGGUCCCUCACACGGACUCUGAGCCUCACCCACCCACCACUCCCGCACCUCAAGUCAGACCUGGGAGCCACCGCGGGACUGGCAUAGAUUGAAUCAACAUUCUCAGUACUGGCAUUGUGUUAACUUAAAGAAGAAAAAAACAUUAACAUCUAUAUUUAACCUAUUACAAAAUCACCAUGUCUGAUGAAUUGUGUGGCACUGUUUUGGCCUAUUCCAAGAGUCCAAAAGUCGCCACAAGAACUACUUUCCAGGAUGAAUUACAGAAAGCAGUUUCAGCUCGUACAGCUCGACAACAAAGUGAAGAUUACUCAGAUGAUUUUGACAGUGAUGAUAUUGGUUCUUUGGGAGAUUUUUCUGACACAUCAAUAGAUGAAAAGUCAACUAAUAAAAAUCUUACUAAUGAGUUUCAUGUGUCAGAUGAUGAAGAAAAGGAUUCUCCAAAAAUGACUUUUUUGAAAACUAAGACAACAAACAGCAAUGUAACAAAAGAUUUAACUACAUUUCCCAUCAAAACAGAAAAAGAAGCAGGACCAGAUACUUUGGAGGGAUUUGCAAUUAAUUCAUCGAAGCCUCAAGGAAAAGAUCAGGAAAUUGAACAAGAAGAAAUGAAAACAGUAUCUACGCCUAAGCUAGUCAAAUUUGUAUCAUCAGAAAACAUCAGCAACCUUGAAAAAGAUACUGAUGUUAAAUUACCUUUACCACGGCUAAGAGGCAUCUUAAGAAAGACUAGCCAUGUGGGUGAUAAAGAUAUACUAGAAGAAGAGGAUAACCCUGCUUUUGCCAAAAUACAAUUUUCACGUUCUGCACCUUCAUCUCUGAUGAGGCUGAGUAGCAAAAUGUUAGAAAUUGAGCAGAGAACUCUCUCCGAAAGCCCCAAGUCUGAGGGUCCAUGGUUAACAAGCCCACGAACAUCAUUAGCAAUUCCUCACCAGCUAUCAGAUCCUGAAAAUCUUGGAGACUACCUUUUCUCUCCACCAGUAGAAAGAUCUAAAAAAGAUCAAGAAAAAAUAGUAGAUGAAAACCAUAAUAUUAUGAAAUCAGAAGACAGUAACAAUAAGUUUUCCCCUGCAGAAGAACUAAUGGUGAGUAAUACUUUGGAGAAAACAGAACAAAGUCAAGAAACCAUCGAUGAGCUUGAAAAAAACAUGAAGAAAUUACAAGUGUUUGUGGAUGAGGAUAGAACAUCUGUCAUUUCAGAUGCAUCCCUUAAGAAAAAAAAUGAAGAUAAGAAUUUGAAGAAAACAUCUAAAAGAACAAAACCAAGCAGGAAAAAACCUCUGCCUACAACUGCAUCUUCCCAGUACCUGGGGACUUUAAAGAUCUUGGAACAGAAACAGAUCCUAGAGCUUGACAAAGCCGAUUCCAUACGGGCAGCUGUUUAUCAGGAUUGGCUUGUAAAGAAAAAUUUAUAUUUGCAACAACUUCAAAGGAUUAAAAAGAAUGAAGCUGAAAAUUUAAGAAUACAAAAUGAACAGAAAGGAACCAAGAAAGAAGAAGCAUUAGCAUCUUUUGAAGCCUGGAAAGCCAUGAAAGAAAAGGAAGCAAAGAAAAUGGCUGCAAAAAAGAAACUUGAGGAGAAAAAAAUGAGGCGAAUUGAACAGGAGAAUGCUGAGAAGAAGGGAGAAGCACAAAAAGCUUUUGAAAAAUGGAAAGAGAAAAAAUUGAAAUAUCUUAAAGAGAAAAACAAAAAGGAGAAAGAAUAUGAAAGAGCAAAGAAAAGGAAAGAGGAAGAAUAUCAUGCUGAAAAGAUAAAAGACAAUUUAUCAGCACUUGAAAGAUGGUAUGAGCAGAAGGACUUUCUCAUCAAGCAGAAGAUGAAACAGAAAAUAAAUGAAAGAAAAAAGCAAGAAAUAAGAAGAGCUGAAAAAGAAGAUAAAGAUAAAUUGGCUGUUAGUGAAUAUGAAAGGUGGCUGGAGAAGAAAGAAAAAAAAGAAAAACACGAGAGAAAACAAAAGAAGCAUGUUGUUCUUUAUACAUCUGAAUCAUUUCCUCAGUGGAAUUCUCCAAGAAAAUUUGCACUAACAAAAAAUUGAGAAUUCAACUUCCAAUCCUGUCCAAUCUUUAUUUAACAGUAACCAAUUUAAAAGGGGUUUCGGAACAUACUUUGUAUAUUUUAUUUUUAGAAUGGAAAUUCUAUUUAAAUUGCAAUUCCAGAAGACUGUUGUAAUAUAAAAGGUUGUUUGGAGUUUAAUGAUCAAAACACUAUACAGGCUAUAAAUAAGCAGGUUGCUUCAAAAGCCAAGAUGUAGAUUCUUUCCAUUUAUACCAAAAAAAAAAAAAAACCUUCUAUCAUGUCCUUUAAAUUCUUCAAAAUUAGGUGACUUUAGUCUUGGUGAAUACGUAUAUCUCAGAUCCCUUUAUGAAACAGAAUCAUUUUCAAGGUACUAUGAUUAUCGAGAUGCUAUUUAAAUAUGUGAAUUGAUAGUACUUUUAGGUUUAUUUUUUUCAUAUUUAUUCACUGGAAAAUAUAUGUAACAUUCCCUUUAUCUUAAAGCUAUUAUUUUUGCACUGAAGAAUUUUGGAACUAUGCCAAGUUAAUUUUUGGUGAGUGGAGAUAGUACUCUAUCAAACUAAUAAUCCUCAAAUCUUCUCUUUGAAAAAAAUUAUCUUGCUAUUUCCUUUCAUUACCCCAAAAGAAACACAGUUUUUGAAAAUAAGUGCACUUUAACACCUCUGUUCUAGGUUCAGGUGACAGUCACAAGUACUUUUUAAACUCUUCUUGUUCCUUCCAAACUCUCUUUCUUGUUCCAUGAUUACAGCAGAAAGUCUAAGUGCUCAAUAAUACUAUAGUAUUGUCUUUAUUCAUUUGUCAAGAAAAUUCCACAGGAUUUCAAAGACAGCACCAUUAAUAUUUUCCAAAAAGGCAGUAAAUUUGACAAUGGCAAUUCUUGUGCCAUCUUGCCUGGUCCUCCUUAUGACUAAAGGCAUGCAUUUGAAAGCUAGAUGGCCAUGGACAUGUGUGCAGGGGUUGGCAAUAGAACCAUCUUCCCCUGCGUACAACCCUUUGGAUGCAUUAGCACCAUGGGGUUUUUUGUUUUGUUUUGAUCUUUUCUUUUUUAACUAACCAAGCUACCUAGAAACAGAUGAAAUAUAAGCACUCAGAAUUUGAGUGUUGCUUUGGUCUACAAUGGAAUACAUAGAAAGAAAUGGGAAAAUUGUAAAGUCUAGCCAGAUUUUGGUAUUGAAUCAGCCUUAUAAAAAGUAUUUGGACUCUCACAACCAAAGAGCAAGUUUACUGUUCAAAAAAAUUCACCAUGAAGAAACUGGUGGUUUUUAAAAUGAUGUUGCACCCAUCCAAUGUAGUUCUUACCACUAGUGGAAUGAAGUUUGGAUUUCAUAGAGUAUCAAUUUUAUUCAGCCUUUAUACAACAGUGUUUGACAACAUGGCAGCUUAGAAGUUGCUCUUGGGCUGCAGCCUUCCAGUAACACUGCAGAUUAAAAACAUUAUUCAUCCUUCAGACUGUCACCUAGGAGUUUAAGACUAUACACUGAUAAUUUCAUUCAUUCCACAGGAUGUGUGAAAUACUUGCAAGUUCAACAGCACUGUUCUGGGAAUUAACAGCAUGUUUUAAGGAAGAGAACUUUUUUUUUUAACUUUAAACCAGAGCAAUCCUGCAUCUGGUGAAAAUGUUUUAUCAGUAAUAUCAUCUGAAAGAUAUCACUGGAUUCUGAAAAGAUCAGCAAGUAACCAGAAGCUAGCUUGUUUAAGAGAUAUACAGGAAGUCUGUGGUGCCAGUGUGACAAAGAUUCAGUUUCAGCGUGAGCAGUACGUUCUGUUUGGGGCUGUGAGGCUUUCUUUUUGUCUGUGAGAUUUCAUGAUUAUAGUGACAUACUGGAGGCUCAACAUUCAAGAUUUGCAUAACCUUCCUCAAAAGUUUUGUAUUACAUGGGUAGACUUAUCUUAAAUACUUGUAUUAAACAUGUAUCUUUUUCA